AUGCAAUAGUAAUGUUUUCACAAUUAAGAGAUUACUAGAAUAUAUUUACAACCUGAUUCUCAAGCAGUUCAAUUGCUUUGUGAAGAAUGCAUUGAAGACAAAGGACUUACAACUAAAUUUGACUAAUUGGUGUUACUAUAAAAAGUACUCUUGUUUCAUAGAUGAAGGUUAAAAAACAACCAGAAGAAUUACUCAGUAAAAUUAAUUUAGAUAACACUGUCAAAGUGUUCUUGUCCAAACUUCUGAAGGCAACUGAAGACGAUCUCAAAAAUACCAAAAGAAAAUGGAAUGAUCGUUUAUAAACAAUUAAAUAAAUUCUUGAUAAACUUAUAAAUGAGACAGAAACGUACUUUGAUUAACUAAAAAAAGAACUAGAAGACUUUAGAAGAGGAUUGGUUACAGUACGAAUUAAUAUUCUAUUACUAGAUUGUGAACUUUAGUCGAUUUGAGCAAUUGAUUUAAGAUGAUUAAUAAGCCAAUAAAGAGAUUUAAAUUGUAAAUUAUAUAAAAGAAUUAGAAAGUGGAGUAACUGGUUAAAAAAAAACAGACAUUCUCAAUCUUAUCAAUGUCUACAAAGAAAAAAUUAAAAAGUAUUCAUUUUCAAUCAUUACUUAUAAGUACACAAAUACCUUCAAUCACAGAUAGACUGAGCUUUAUAACCUAAGAAAUGAAUGAUUAUCAAACAACUGUUAAUAAAUACUCAUAAAAAUGUAAUCCUGACAUCCAUCCACAAUUACCACAGUUUCCAAUAUAACAAUCAUCAAAGAUUCUGUCUUAGAGGAACUUUGAGAAAUUGCUCGAGAGAAUUACCAAUCAAAAAAGAUACACAAUUAAUUUGAUCUAUCAAGCUUAAUAAUUAGGAAUCAAUUCAGAAUCCUUUUGGAAUAGUGUGAACAAUAAGAGUAAUCUCUUGAUGAUAUUUAAAUCCAAAAACAAAGCUAUUUUUGGUGGCUAUACACCUUGUCAAUGGAAAAAACUAUCAACUCCACUUCAAUAAGGAAUUUAUGAUGAUAACUCAAUUUCAUUUCUGUUUUGCUAGAAUGGGGAAGAUUUGAAGUUCUUUCCAAUCAAAAGAGAAAAUAAACCAGCCAUCAUCCUGAAUUCGUCCUAAGGUCCAAAUUUUGGAGGCGAUUUGAAUAUCAAUGCAGAUUUUCAGGGAGGCACCAUUAAUUUAGGUACCACCUAUUCAAACGAUAUCCAACCAGGAUAACCGCAAUUGGUAUUCGGAAGUCAGAACUAGCCAAAUAUCAAUGAAUGUGAAAUAAUUUAGAUAUUGCAUUAAUGAUAAGAUGAAUGAAUUAUAUAUAUAUGG